AUGGCUUCUUUCCAUCAGGAUAUUCCUCUUGAGGGUGGUUCAACCAACCGUCCUCCGUUUUUCAAUGGGAUUGAUUAUCCUUAUUGGAAAACUCGGAUGCAGAUUUUCCUUGAGUCAGUAGAUCUUAAAAUUUGGUAUAGUGUAGAGGAAGGAUAUCAGCCUCCAACCACACUAGAUGACAAUGGAAAAAUUGUGCCUAAAAAACACACAGAUUUUACUAGAGAUGAAUUAGAGAAAGCCCAAUACAACUCAAAAGCAAAGAACUUAAUAGUUAAUGCACUAGGCAAAGACGAAUACUACCGAGUAUCUUCAUGUAAGACCGCACGUGAGAUGUGGCUUAUUUUAGAAACAACUCAUGAAGGUACUAGUGAAGUAAAGCGUUCUAAACAAAAUGCAUUAUCUAGAGAGUUUGAGCUCUUUGAGAUGCAUGAGGGUGAAUCUAUAUUUGACAUGCAAAAACGUUUUAUGCAUAUAGUUACUUCAAUGAAUGCUUUAAAUAUUUUCCAUGAUGAUGAACUGUUAGUUAACAAAAUUCUGAGAUGUCUUACUAAGGAAUGGGAUGCAAAGACUUCGGCAAUCUAUGAAGCUAAAGACCUCUCUACAAUGUCAAUAGCUACCUUAUUUGGAAAGCUUCAAGAAUAUGAGUUGGAGUUAAACAGAAGGGCUAACCGUGAGCUUAACAAGAAGAAACAAAAGGGAUUAGCUCUCAAGGUAUCAUCAUCUCAUUCAAAGGAAAGUAAGGAAAGUACUGAUACAUCAUCAAGUGAUUCAAGCUCCGGUGAAGACGACGAAAUGACAAUGUUUGUGAAAAAAUUUAACAAGUCAUUCACCAAAUUCUUCAACAAGAAGUUCAACAAAAGAAGAAGAAGAGAUGUUGGCCAAAGAAGAAAAGACAACAAUUCAAGCAAUGCAAACUCAAACAAUGCUUGUUUUGAGUGCGGAAAAGAAGGCCACUUCCAAAAGGAUUGUCCUAAUAAAAAGAAUAAAUAUGACAACGGCAAGUUCAAGAAAGGUAAAGGCAAAAAGAAAAAGAAGGCCUACAUGGCAUUCUCGGAUGAUUCAUCAAGUUCAUCAAGCUCCUCAAGUAGUGAAAAGGCAAACUUGUGCUUAAUGGCAAAUCUAGAGGAUGAACAUACCGAGGUAUACUCUUGUCACUCUUCUAACUCUUUAUGUGAUAGUAGUUCAUGUAAUAAUUCUAACUCUAUGUGUGACACUAGUUCAUGUGAUACUUCUUCUAUGAUUGGUCCAUCUUAUGAUGAUCUAUUAUAUGCUUAUAAAUGUUUGCAAGUUGAGAAUGAAAAAUUAACCUCUAAGGUUGAGAAAAUUAAAAAGGAGAAAAAUAACUUGCAAAACAAUGUUGAUAGCUUAACAACCAUUGUAAAUGAUCUAAUGAAAGACAAUGAAGAUCUUAAAAAUGAAAAUCUUUUUAUGAAUUGUCUUGUUGGAUCAUGUGAUGAUGUGAAUCCCCCUUCCACUAUUCCAUGUGCUAAAUGUGUUGAAUUAUCUAAUGAAGUGGAUAGGUUAAAGAUAAUGGUUGAUAGAAUGACUAGUGGGAGAGACAACUUAAAUGUCCUCCUUGGUAGACAAAGGGUUGAAUCUACUAAAUAUGGACUUGGCUUUCAAAAACCUCCCUUUGUUCAACCAAGAAAGACAAACCACUAUCCACCUAGGUUCAUGUCUAAGCUACCAUUUAAGAAAUGUACAUAUUGUUGCAUGAGUGGUCAUCUUGUAUAUCAAUGUAAUAUUAAGAAAUAUGGCCUAAAAGGAACUAAUCUCAAGUGGGUUCCUAAGAGGACUAUAAAUGUGAGCAACAUUGCUUCAACAUCUUAUGGACCUCAACCUAACACAUCUAGCAUGUUCUUUAGCCCCAAGGUAAAGAACAUGAUAUAUGUUCCUAAGAAGACUUAG